AUGGCCAGUGGGAGUAAGGUAGAUGUGCAAACUUUGGAUUUGAAGAAUCGGACUAUUGAAGACACCUUGCAGAGUGACCUGGAAAGGAUACUGCAAGAGCAGCGUAAUCAACAGUAUUUUAAUCGAGAACGUGGUUUUGAUAUUUAUAGGAGUGGAAGUGCGCCUCCGACAGUUGAGGGGUCGUUGAGUGCUUUUGGUAGUUUGAGGAAUUUUGAUUAUGGAGCUAAUAAUGGUGGGAGGAGUAAUAAUAGUAAUGGGAUUUUGACUGAAGAUGAGAUUCGAUCACAUCCGGCGUAUCUUUCGUAUUAUUAUUCGCAUGAGAGUAUUAAUCCUAGAUUGCCGCCACCGUUGUUGUCAAAAGAAGAUUGGCGUGUUGCACAAAGGUUUCAAGUUGGUGGGUCUUCUUCAACUGAGGGAUUUGGGGACUGGAGGAAGAAUGCAACCCCGAAUGGUGAUAGCUCGUCGCUGUUUUCAAUGCAACCAGAGUUUUCGGCAAAACAGGCCGAAAAUGAUUUGAUGGAGCUGAGGAAAGCCAGUGGGCGGAAUCUCUCUAGGCAGAGUUCAAAUCAAAUGCUUGAUAGACAUAUGGAUGGUAGGACAAGAAUGCCAGGAACUGGUCUUGGUGUGAGGAGGACAGGUUAUUCAGACAUUCUUCAGCAGGAUGGAUUUGAUCAACCUGCUUUGUCUAGCAAUAUGUCACGUCCAGCAAGUCACAAUGCAUUUGGUGAUAUCAGGGAUUCAACUGGCAUUCUUGAUCGCGAGUCCUUGGAGGGGUUGCGUUCAUCAGCCUCUACCCCAGGUUUGAUUGGACUUCAGAACCACAGUGUAAAUUCUCAUAGUUUUUCAUCUGCUGUGGGUUCUUCUCUGUCAAGGUCGACGACUCCUGAAUCACACGUUAUUGGGAGACCUGUUAGAUCUGGACUUCCUCAUGUGGGUAGCGAAGUGUUCUCUGCUGAGAAAAGUGCGUUAAAUCUAUCUGGUGGCAGACGUGCAGAACAAGAUAGUAUUUUGAAAUCUAAGAUGCAGAUGGAAGUUGAUAAUCAUGCUAAUGUUCUGAUAAGCACACCGAACAAUGCUAAUUUGCCUAAACACAAUGAGCUUGCAACGGAGCUGAACGGAUUUAGUUUGAAUGAGCGAGUCAAUCUACUGAAAAAAACUGCUUCUUUUGCUAAUCUCCGUUCAAAUGUGCAUUCUACUGGAAACGUGACAAGUUUGCCAAGUAUAGACUUCGCUGGCCAAGUUCCUGGUGCAUAUCCUGCAAACACAAAAUUGAAUAAUGUGUACAAUAAUAAUCUUGCGACAGCUUUGAGGGGUCGGAGAGAUGGACAAAAUUUAGAUGCACUGGGAAAUCAAGUGGGCUCUGAAUUCAAUUCUGCAACUCUGGACCCACGCAUUAUCCAAUGCAUGCAGCAAAGUUCUGAUUACUCCAUGCAUGGGAUGAGUAGUUCUGCUGAUCCUUUUCAAAUGAGAAAUUUCUCUGAUGCUUCACAUGGAGACUUAGAGGGACUUCGGAAAGCAUAUCUUGAAACACUUAUUAGUCAACAAAAGCAACUGUAUGAACUCCCACUUCUGAGCAAAUCUGGUCUUCUUAAUCAUGGGUUAUUUGGGAGUCAACCAUAUGGUCUUGGAAUGCCACAUUCAGGAAAGCAGAUGGCCAAUUCCUCACUUCCGUCUCUCGGAUCUGGAAAUCCACUAUUUGAGAAUGAACGUAUCUCACACAUAAAUUCCAUGAUGAGAAGUUCUAUGGGAGGUUCUGGCAGCUCAUGGCAUGCUGAUAUUGGCAAUAACAUGGAGGCUAGGUUUGCUUCAUCCUUGCUGGAUGAAUUCAAGAACAACAAAGCCAAACCUUUUGAACUCUCAGAUAUCACUGAUCAUGCGGUACAGUUCAGUACUGAUCAGUAUGGUAGCCGCUUUAUUCAGCAGAAAUUAGAAACUGCUUCAGUAGAAGAGAAGACCAAGAUAUUUCCUGAGAUUAUUCCUCAUGCUCGUGCUUUGAUGACUGAUGUCUUUGGCAAUUAUGUCAUACAGAAAUUUUUUGAGCACGGUACUGAUGGUCAAAGAAAGGAAUUGGCCAACCAACUUACAGGUCAUGUUUUACCUCUUAGUCUGCAAAUGUAUGGUUGCAGAGUGAUUCAGAAGGCCUUGGAGGUGGUUGAUGUUGAUCAGCAGAGCCAAAUGGUGUCAGAGCUCAGUGGUGCAAUAAUGAAAUGCGUACGUGACCAAAAUGGAAACCAUGUUAUUCAAAAGUGCAUAGAGUGUGUCCCUCAAGACAGAAUUCAGUUUAUCAUCUCAUCCUUUUAUGGGCAAGUUGUUGCACUUUCUACUCAUCCUUAUGGGUGCAGAGUUAUUCAGAGGGUUCUAGAACAUUGUGAUGAUCUAAAUACUCAAGAAAUUAUCAUGGAUGAAAUCAUGCAAUCUGUCUGCACCUUAGCACAGGAUCAAUAUGGAAAUUAUGUUAUUCAGCACAUCCUCGAACAUGGUAAACCACAUGAACGAACUAUUGUUAUCAGCAAGCUUGCUGGACAAAUUGUUAAGAUGAGCCAACAAAAAUUUGCUUCUAAUGUCAUUGAGAAGUGCUUGGCUUUCGGCUCUCCUGAAGAACGUCAAAUUUUGGUGAAUGAAAUGCUUGGUACCUCUGAUGAGAAUGAGCCCUUACAGGCUAUGAUGAAAGACCCGUUUGGAAAUUAUGUUGUGCAAAAGGUUCUCGAGACUUGUGAUGAUCAAAGUCUUGAGCUGAUCCUUUCUCGCAUCAAGGUUCACUUGAAUGCCCUUAAGAGAUAUACUUACGGCAAACACAUAGUCUCUCGUGUGGAGAAACUGAUCACCACUGGAGAAAGGCGCAUAGGAUUGUUGGCCUAA